AUGUCGUCCUGCCUCGGUUUCCGCAAGAAGUCCGACGAAGCUGAGCGUGAGCCGCUUCUGCCGCGCUAUAAUGACGAUACAGCCCUCCAGAGGCGUCUGCACGCAAAGCUACACAGCUACCAGAUGGUGAAGGCUUUGACAGAAGGUUUCAUGCCCAGCACAGAACAAGCAAUUGUCGCUUUGCGCACGGUCUUAGCUUCUGAUGUGCUCCAUCCUACCAACACCGACCUUUCCGAAAGUGGACGCCGUUUGACCAAAUUCGUGCGUCAAUGGCUAGUCGAGUUCAUGGACUUGCUCGAACACAAGAAUAGCCGGGACCAGAUUCAAGACACGAUUUGGUUCCUUUCCAAGAGCAAGAUCGAUGUGGACACCGAUGAUCUCUCAAGGAGACUGAACAAGAGUAGAGCAAAAGCGGACACUGCGGCAGCUUAUGAGAGUCUCCGCACAGUCGGCUCUUUGCUGCUCACCAACUCUGACUUUCGUGUCUUCCUUAGUGACCUCAACGUGGUUGGGCGCGAGGUCUUCAGAGAUUCCGCUUUCACACUCUCCAAUGUCGCGGAAGAGGCUGCCAAGCAGAUCGAUCCGUCUGAAGCCGACAAGAAAGCUGUCGCUGAGCCUGGCGCGGAUGACUCGAAGCAAGCUCCCACUAAAGAAGACCUUGGCAACGAGGUCGCAGAAGUAAGCAAGAUUGUAGCCAACGGUACAUCAGAAGUAGCCAAGACCGCUGCGGACAGCGCACACGACAAGCUGGCUGGCGACGAAGGCCGGACUCUCAUCAACCGGCUCAAACAGGCAAUUCUGAACCUGCGUCAGCGCAAGGACUAUUCCGAAUCAGUGUCGGUGAUAUCGCUGUUGAUCAAACGCUAUGCCAUGGUCUACUCGCGUGCUGCCGGAGAGAUCACGGAAGUAGCUCAACGCGAUGUCCAAGAGAACGAAGCCUUUGACCGAGCCAUUCACAACCUGUGGAUCUUCGUCACUAGUUUCGGUGACGAGAAAGAAUGGGAGGAGUCUGAGCGCUUGUUCAAGAAGCUCAUGGUUCACAAAGAGAGCGACCCACAAUUUGAGGACUUGAUGGAAGAUGCUGGUGACUCGCUCGAGAAGCUCCUGACAGAUCCCGACUUCAUCGAAAAUGCCCAAGAAAAGUUCACGGAGCUCAGAGAGAAGAACGAGAAGUCCGGAAAUGGAAGCAAUCUAAGCAAGGACAUUCAAGCUCUUCUCAAUCAAGUCGAGAAGACAUGGAACAGUGUGACUCAGGACAGCGACAUCCAGAAACUGAUCAACACUACCCUACGCAUCGUCAGCAUCCUCUCUCCUAAGAAUCGCGCCGCCAAUCCCGAGCUCUUCCACGACAGUAUCAACGUCUUUGUGCCUCUCUUAAUCUCGGCGAUCCAGCACAUCCCCAUCCCACGCCUCGAAAUCAGUACCCCUGAGAUUGACCUUCUUUUGGAGAAUCUCAUCAUUGAGCCAGGAAAGACUGUUAACCAUACAUCUUUCCUGCCGUACAAGUUGAAGGUGGAGGCAUACAAUGACGUCGAAAUCCGUAAGGCCAAGUUCCGUACCACAACCAGCAUGAAAAACCUCGUCACCAUCAAGAUCGACGGCAUCUCUGCCAAGGCUGAGGAGCUUGGAUUUUGGCUGCGUGCCCACAAGGGCUUCCUCCGCUUGGCUGACGAAGGUAUUGCAAGCUUCGCGCUCGAUGAUCGCGGUGUUGAUGUACACAUCGACGUUGAAAUUGGCCGCGAGAAGCUUGAACAAAUUCUUACUCUGCGAGAUGUCCGCGUCAACAUCCACAAGCUCAACUAUGAAUUCCGCAAGAGCAAGUUCAGCAUUCUUGGCUGGCUAUUCAAGCCCCUACUCCGACCCAUCAUCAAGAAGGUCUUGGAGAAACAGAUGGCCAAGGGCCUCGCGGAGUUCUUCCACGCUGCAAAUCGCGAAUUGCUUUUUGCUCGCGAGCGUCUCCGCGCCACUCGCAUCGCCGAUCCAAACGAUCUACUGACUUUCGUCAAGGCUGUCGCUGCCCGUCUGAAGCCUGAGGAUGAUCCCGAUCUCUACACUCGUGUCGGUGUCGCACAGCCUGGUAAGGGAGUGUUCAAAGGCGUGUAUGCGCCCGGCAGCAUCGUCAAGGUGUGGAACGAGCAAGCGGUUCAGGCUCGUGAAAGGAUUGAAGAUUUCGAGGUCGAGGGCUGGAGAAACGACAUUUUCGAGACGCACGUGUCGACAAUGUCGUGA